AUGUGUCAAUCUCCUUUGCACGAGUUCCUAGAGGGCCUCCCUAAAUGUGAACACCACGUCCAUCUCGAGGGCACCCUUGAGCCAGAACUCAUCUUCGAUCUCGCGACGCGCAAUGGUAUCACCUUGCCGACCGACCCAGUAUAUACCUCGGUCGAGACACUCAAGCAACGCUACGAGCACUUCAGUAAUCUGGACGACUUCCUACACUUUUACUUCGAAGGCAUGGCCGUCCUUCGCAAGGAACAGGAUUUUGCCGACCUAGCCUGGGCAUAUUUCCAAAAGGCGCACGCAGACGGCGUCCACCACGCCGAGGUCUUCUUCGACCCGCAAGUACAUGAAAGCCGCGGUGUACCAUAUGACACCAUUGUGACAGCGUGCCGAGACCGAGCUCGGCUAAGCACACGACUGAUCCUGUGCUUCGUGCGACAUCUCCCCGUCUCAUCGGCCAAGGAAGUCUACGACGAGAUUGUGGCUCACAAUCACUUCGAGUCUGGUCUUGUACACGGACUCGGCUGGUCUUCUUCAGAAGUCGGCCCGCCGAAAGAUAUGUUCCGCGAGAUCUAUGCGUCAGCCGCGCAGAAGAAUAUCCCGCUCACGGCGCAUGCCGGCGAAGAAGGUGAUCCGACUUAUAUCAGCACUGCGCUUGAGCUUGGUGCCCAGCGUAUUGAUCACGGUAUUCGGCUAGUUGAAGACGAGGAGCUGAUGCGGCGUGUGGCGCGUGAGAGUAUCCUGCUUACCGUCUGUCCGUUGUCGAAUGUGCGGUUGCGCUGUGUCACUUCUGUGAAGGAGCUGCCUAUUCGGCGGUUCUUGGAGGCUGGAGUCAAGUUCUCGAUCAACAGUGAUGAUCCUGCUUAUUUUGGUGGUUAUAUUCUUGAUAACUACUGCGCUGUGCAGGAGGCUUUCAACCUGAAUGUGCUGGAGUGGAGGAUCAUUGCGGAGAAUAGUGUCCAGGAGAGCUGGAUCGAGGAUUCUCGCAAGGCGGAGAUGCUGGCAAGUAUUGAGGAGCAUGUCAGCAAGUAUACACGCAUGCACACUAUUACUGUGUAA